AUGGGUCUCUUUGGCGGCAACAAAUUCCCCGUCGAGGGCAAGACAAUUCUCAUCACAGGCGCAUCAGAAGGCGCAGGUCUUAGUGUAGCGACCCAGCUCUCUGCCAAGGGUGCAAAUGUCGUUCUCGUCUCUCGCAGCACCAGCAAACUCGAAGCUGCCCUCUUCACCGUCAAGGCCGCUGCCAAAAACCCCGAAACCCAACGCUUUCACUAUAUCGCUGCCGACGUCGGUGUCGAGUCCUACGCGAAGCCGCUCCUCGCCGAGGUCAUCGCCUGGAACAAUGGCCAAGCCCCCGAUAUCGUCUGGACUCUUGCUGGAUUGUCCUACCCCGAGCUGUUCGUCGAUAUGGAAAUGAAAUCCAUGCGACACCAUAUGGACGUCAACUUCUGGGGCACAGCUGAGAUGGCGCAUGCUAUUAUGCGCGAGUGGCUUGCCGUCGAUAAGCCUGUCGAGAAGGAGGCCAAGCACCUCAUCAUGACUGGGAGCGUCUGCGCCUGCUAUUCUCCUCCUGGAUACACUCCAUACACUCCCUCCAAGUAUGCCAUGCGCGGUCUGGCCGAAUGCAUCCAGCAAGAAGUUCUCCUCUACCCCCAGAACGUCCAGGUACACCUGGUCUUGCCCGGCACAAUUCUUUCUCCGAGCAUGGUCCGUGAGAACGAGCACAAGCCCGAAAUCACAAAGGAAAUUGAGAAAGACGACCCCAAGCAGACACCUGAUGAAGUUGCAGCAAUUGCUAUCAAAGGCCUUGAAGCUGGACAACACAAUAUUACGGUUAACUUCCUUGGCUCGCUCAUGAAAUGGUCAGCGUUUGGCGGCGCCCCCAAGAAUAGUUUUGUUGACAUUCUUGGUGCAUUUCUUGCCACAUUUGUCAUGAUCUUUGUUCGUCCAUUUAUUGACUAUCAAAUCAGGAGCUAUGGCAAAAAGCAUGGUCAUCCGACCUUGUACAACAAGAAAUCCCAGAACGCUUAA